AUGAUGGGAGCCGGAAACGGCCGAUGGCAACCCGAUCGCUCUCAGUACGUCUUGGACACAAUCGACCAGUGGAAGAAUCUAUUUUCGCCAUUUCCUUUGCGUGUUUGUGCAUCUUUUGUUGUGUUUAUAUUUGUGAUGUAAUUUAACUUUUGCGAUGGAGGUUAAAAUAGAACCAAGCGUAUUCGAUAUAAAUAAGAUAUGUAGGGCCUGUCUCUCGGAAAAAGGCGAAAUGAGGUCCGUGUUCCUGACCGAUGAAUCUACCGGACAUGCUAUGAUACUUGCAGAAAUGAUCACGGGAAUUUCCUCCGUACAGAUUGACAACGGCGACGGGUUGCCCUCCUUGGUGUGCCUCCAAUGCGUCCACCAGCUGGCUAGAGCCUACUCCUUCAAGCAGCUUUGCGAGCAGUCCGACACCAAUCUGCGCCAAUACCUAGGCCUGCCGCCAAGUAUGAAGCAGAAGAAAGAAGAGGAGACCACACAUCCCACCGACUUUGCCACAACCCUCCUUCUUGAUAAUUUCGGCUUGGACUCGUCAUCCGGUGAUAGUGACGAUGAUGAUUACAAAAUCGACUACAAUUUACUCCAGAAUUCGUUAUCCGAGAACGCCAACGACGAAAAAGCCAUCGCCCAGAGACAACUCCUCAAGGCUGCCAAGGCGCAGAAGAGCAAACUGUCGAAGAAGUUGCUCGCAAAGGCCGGGGGAAAAGCAGCUGUUCUGGCGGCAAAAAAACUGAAGCGCAACACCAACCAAUGCAACGUGUGCAAGAAACAGUUUAUUAAUAUGAAGUCGUUCCGCAAGCACUUGCGGACGCACAUCGAGGACCGUCCGUACAAAUGCAAGCUGUGUCCCCGGGGAUUCACCGAGGAAAACUACCUGAACAACCACAUGCGCACCCACGUGCCUGAAGACCAGAAGCCGCAUGAGUGCAAAGUGUGCAAAAAACGGUUCAUUCACACUACACUCCUCACCAAACACAUGCUGAAGCACAGCGGGGAGAAGCCGUUCGUGUGCAAGAUUUGCAACAAGGGGUGUUAUGCCGAAAAUAGUCUUCUCAAGCACAUGAAAAUCCACGAAAAGAAAGAGGGGGAUCCGGCGUUGCUUAAACACAUUUGUGACUACUGUAAAACUGAAUUUCCCGAUGCUCAGAGUUUGUCGGUUCAUAUAAAACAGCAUACGGGGGAUCGGCCCUUUGUGUGCAACAUUUGCGGCAAGUGCUUCCCUCAGAGGUUCAAUCUUGAGUUGCAUCUAAGGACGCAUACGGGAGAACGGCCGUUCCAGUGUGAGGUUUGCAAAAACGGUUACGUUUCCAAAGCUAGUUUGAAGAUUCACAUGCGGACGCAUACGAAUGAGCGGCCGUUUGUGUGCGAUUUUUGCGGGAAAGCUUUCAGACAAUCGGGCGAUUUGACGAGUCAUAAGCGCCUCCAUGGGACGGAGAAACCGAUAGAAUGCCAAGUCUGCCAGAAAAGAUUUACGACCGUAAUGAAGCUCAAGUACCACAUGAGGAACCACACGGGGGAGCGGCCCUACGUUUGUACCGUGUGUGGUCGGGGCUUCACCGUGAACACGAUUUUAUUGCGGCACAUGAGAGUGCACUCAGGGGAGCGUCCAUACGUUUGCGUGACGUGUGGUAAAGCUUUUUCGCAAUCGAGCACUCUUAACACGCACAUGAAGGUGCAUGCACCAUCUCCGAAAUUCACCAACCAAGAGUCGCAGCAAAGAAUUCCGAAAUUCCACACAACCAACGAACAAAAGUUCCAAAACCAACAACACCCGCCUCCACAGCAAGCCCCCGACCAUAGCAAUCGUUUAAUGCAAACGGAUAAUCGCAUGAUGCAGUCGGAACCGCAACGUAUGAUGCCUCAAGACAACACUCGGAUGAUCUCGAAUGAUGGCUCCAGGAUUAUAACGGAUAAUUCACACCUUAUCGCCGAUAAUAAAGGUUUGAUUAAUGAUGGGACCAGAUUGUUGGUUAAUAUGACGGAGCCGCCGCGGCUUCUAGUUCACGAUAAUUCGAGGUUUGUAACGAAUGAUAAUCGGUUGUUGACGAACGACGGACGCUUGCUGACUAAUGUUAACGAUAAUUCGAGGCUUUUGACGAAUGACAAUGCGAGGCAUUUAGCCGUAAUCGAAAGUUCGAGGAUUUUAACCGAUAAGUAUUUAGCUAGUUACGAGCCAUAUCAUCGAGGGCAUUUGUAAAGUGUCUUCGUGCUUGCGUUUGAUUACACAAUUAUUUAUAGUGUACUUUAGAGGUAAUAAUAAUUUAUUGGUCGAUGUAUUUUUUUAAGGGAAGUAUCGUAUUUAAUAAUUGGUUGAUUAAAUGGUACAAAAAUUUGAAGAAAUUAAGUUCAUUUUCUAAUAUUUUGAGGAAAUAAUAGUUAUUUUUGUAAUUUACCACCAUUUUAGUGCUUUAAUAGGCAUAUUAACGAACGCAACGUCAUCGUAUGCGAUGUCUUAAUAGUCAUUAUUUGACCCAACAUUUUAUGAAGAUUUUUAGGUUGGCAGGAAGAAACUUCGCGACCGUAUUUUUAUCAAUUUAUUAAAUCACUUUCAAAAUUGGGACAUUACCAAUCGUUACAAAGAUUAAGAUAACAAUUUUUGUUUAAAAAUGGCAAAAAUGGGACAAAUUACAAAAAAUAUAAAAACUCGUAUCAUAUUACCUUGAAGCACUUUAUUCUUUCAAAUAACGCAUGGCUAGCGCCAUUCGUUUUUUGAAAAUAAAUUCUUGCUUCAAAACUGGUCUUAUGUAACUUGUUUUUUAAUAUACUAUUAUUAUUCGACACUUAAAAUGUACGGUUUUUCCGUGUGUAAGGAAAUUUCGACAAUUAUUUAUUGUUUGUCAUUUUUCAAUACGAAACGGCAGAUUAUUUUUAAAUGAUUAUAAGUCUUGUUGAUUUAUAAGUUGUUAAUUCGAAGAAUAAAAUAUUGUAUUCAGCUUGUUUUCGUUUACAUCGGGAUAUUUAUUUCGCCUAGUAAAUAUCAAACUACUCGUUUUCACUCGUGGGUUAACGAGUUUGAGUGUAAAUUGGACGCUUUAUUUUAUGAGUGGUUUACCGUCUACAAGGUAAAAUAAAUGAGUUGAUUUACACCAAAACGAGUUGUAUACAACAUUUUUCUUCGAAUUAGACUCAACAAGGCUUAAAGUUGCUUUAAAUCUGUUAAAAAUAAUCUGACGUUUGUUAGUGCGAAUUUCCUUACACCACAGAAAAAUCGCAAAUUUUGAGUGUCGACGAAUAAAGGCAGAUGGAACUUAAUCCAAACAAAGAGUUAUUUUUAUUAAUGUAUGUGUUACCUUUAAUAUUUACAUGUGCGUAUUAACAAACUUGCCAACUAAGAACAGAAAUGUGGGCAAUCCUAGUUAUAAUAAUUCACUGUGUUAUUGUAUGCAAUCAACGAUUUUAUUUUAUUUAAAGAAAAGCAUUAAAGUUUGCUAUUUUUACACAUUCCCAUACGAAAUUAGAUUUGUCUUCAGAGGCUUACUCUAAAUUAUUUAUUUUAAUUUAUUUGGUCAAAGAAUAAUCAUUAAUCAGUUUAUAUUUUUAUUGUGUGAUGUCGGACUCACAGUCCUCUGAAGGCGAUAGUAAUAGUUUGUAAUUUAAUUACGACAUCGGUUGUGAUUUCCGCAAAAAAUAAUUUUCUUUUCCUUCACUAAACCAUGUCCAUAAGUGUGUAAGCAUUACCAUGUUAAUAACAUUUUAAACUUUAAGUGCUAGUAGGUUUAAACCGAUGUAACAACAUAAUGUAAGUUUUUAACUUUAUUCAAAUACAUUUUUUUAUAUACA